UGUCAAAACAAAAUCGCACAACAUAUGAUUUCAAAAUUGAAUAACUGAAAUCAAUUAGUAAGAACUUUUCCUACCCAUUUCUUUUCUACCUAUUCACUCUCCUUUCUCCUCCUCUUUCCUCACCCUCUUCUUUCUUCGUUCCUCGUUUAUGUUCAGUUAGUACCACUUCCCAGAAUGUUAUAUAAUUCUUUCAUUGCACUUGUAUUCACGUGAGAGGUAGUAACUGUUUGUUUGCAAAAUAGACAUAAUAUUAAAGGAAUUGAACUCCAAGAUUCAACUUUAGCAAAUUAAUCUUUAAAAUCUAGUGCAGUGAUGAGAUUGCUCUUUUCUUAACCAGAAAUCUCGAAUUCGAGUCUUGGGUAUGGAUUCUUUUGAAAAAAAACCUUUGGUUCGUGAAAUGGACUACUUUUAUCCUCCGUUUAAAGUUGGGGUCAAUCAUGGCUUGGCGGUUACAAAACUGACACACAUUUGCCCUAAUUUUCCAAUUCAGUUAAGGGAGAUGAUCUAUUUUGAGAUGACUAGUUUCUAGUUUUCUCUGGGGCUAUUUACUACAUCUAAAUUUUCCUCCUAUCUAUGUUUACUUAAUCUUCAAGUUGCAUAUCAUAGUUCUAACUUCUAAAGAUUCCAUUUUUCAGCUCUUUCCUAUUUGAGUUGAGAAUUUGUUGAACAAGAGCUCUCUGUUAUAAAUCUUGUCUUAUGCUUUCCAUGAUAUUGAUGUUAUAACUUCUGAUGUGGUCCAAUUUUUCAAGAGUAAAGUGAUGGACCUACCCAAUGACUGCUGCUAUAUAUAUAUGCACACUAGUUAUUAGGUCACUUGAUUGACUAAAUUAUUUGAUAUCAAGCCAUUCACCUGAACAAUUAAAAUUUUUGUUGUGUUAUCUCUUAAUAUAGUAACUUUUUGUUUAGUAGAGCAAUCCUACUUCUGUCAAAUAGUGUCUCUUACUAUUGUGAAAGAGUAAAUAUUGAAUUGCUGAUGGGUCAUUUUCCACUUAACAACUGAGAAUAUUCAGAGUUCAUGAUUACUUGACCAGGAUUGACUUGGUGACUCACUACCAAAUAUGGUGAUAAUUGGAGCUACAUACCUAUGAUAGGAUUUCAAACACAAACUAGAAAAGUCAAAUUUGAAGAAUAACAUCAUAUUUGGAAUCUCUUCUUCCUCUUGUAGUUUUUGGUAAACUAUAAGAGCUUCUCCAUCAGAUUAAUGUAAGUUUUCCUCUUAAACUUUGUACUUUUCCUAUUUUUCCACUGCACUCUGACUUAGGAUUUUUAUUCUUUUGUAUUCACCUGAGUCAAACCCUGAUCAAUCUCAAACCUUGUGGCUAAAGCAGAAGAAAGCCAGAGUAAGCUUUGAAAUUAGUUAGAAUGUAGAAAGUUUCUAGCAAAUUCCUUAUAAUUUGACUUUUGUAUUUGAUGAAACUUUCCACUUAAAUGUUCUGAAAUUUCCACUUCAGUCCGGUCAAGGUUACUGCUAUAUAUUGAAAGGGUUUUGUACCAUGAACAAGCGUGUUUGCUUUUUCUUAAUGCAUAAAGGAGUCCAGCUUUAGUGACUAAUUAGGGGACCACAAUAUAAAUAUUCCUUGGUUGACUUGUUUUGAUUCUUGUCUCUUCAUAAGAAUUACCAGGAAGAUGGGGAUGUUCUUGUUUUCAUUACAUAAAGAAAUGAGCAUAGACACUAGUGAAGAUCAGGUGGAGAUGGCAGACAGUGCUGUCGUUUUUGUACUUGACAAAAUCACAAGCUUAUUAGCGGAAGAAGCAACACUGCUUCGAGGAGUCAAGCAUGAUAUCCAGUAUAUCAAAGAUGAAUUGGAGAGAAUGAUAUCCUUCCUUGGCGUGGCCGAUGCUUUAGAAGAGGGAGAUGCAGAGGUAAAAGUAUGGGUUAGGCAAGUGAGAGAUGUUGCAAAUGACAUUGAGGAUGUUCUUGAUGAGUCCAUGCUCUUGUCAUGUGAUCAUCACUUCCAUGGAUCAUGUUGUUUAAUUGGUAAAUUGGUUUUCUCAUUCAGAAACAUCAAAGCCCACCAUAAACUUGUCAUUGAAAUUCAAACCAUCAAAUCAAGAGUCCGCAAUACUGCAGAGGGCCAUCUGAGGUAUCGCUACAAAUUUAAUGUCCCCGAGCAAGGUUCAAGUUCUAACCAUGUCUAUAAUACUGCGAAUGAUCGCAGGGGGGAUGCGCUAUUGCUAGAAGAAGGUGAGCUUGUGGGCAUUGAAAAUCCAAGACAGCAGCUAAUCCGUUGGCUCGUGGAGGAUAAUCCCACGCUUAAAGUGGUUUCGGUGGUGGGAAUGGGAGGUUCAGGGAAGACCACCCUGAUUAAGAAAGUGUACGAGGAUGCAGCAGUCAAGAAUUACUUCAAUAGUGUUGCUUGGAUAACAGUUUCCCAGUCCUUCAAGGUUGAGGAAGUUUUGAAAGACAUGAUCCAACAGCUCUACGAUGAAGUGAAGCAGCCAGCCCCCAAAGGUCUAAGCACCAUGAGCAGUAACAGACUAAAAUCAAUAGCAAAAGUAUUCCUGCAAUCGAGAAGGUAUUUACUAGUUUUUGAUGAUGUCUGGACUAUUCAAGCUUGGGAAGCUAUAAGAUAUGUAUUGCCUGAUGUAAAUAAUGGAAGUCGUGUUAUCGUCACAACACGUCUUUUCUACGUGGCUUCCUUUUGUAGCAUAGAGACCAAUGACUAUGUUUAUGAGCUGAAGCCCUUGUCUGCAGAAGAGUCGUGGAGUCUUUUCUGCCAAAAGGCAUUUCAUGGUAAUGUGUGCCCUUCACACUUGGAGAGCAUUUGUAGGAAGAUCUUAAAAAAAUGUGGUGGAUUGCCGCUGGCUAUUGUGUCUGUUGGUGGGCUUUUGGCUACAAAGAACAGGACCAACACUAGGGAGUGGGGAAUGCUUAAUCACAGCCUUGGUCCUGAACUGGAUAGCAAUGACAAAUUUGCGAGUAUGAGAAUAGUUUUGUUACUCAGUUUCAAUGAUCUUCCCUACUAUCUUAAGCCAUGUUUCAUGUAUUUGAGCAUUUAUCCCGAGGAUGAUCUAAUUGAGCGCAACACGCUGAUCUACCGGUGGAUAACAGAAGGGUUUGUAAAACAAAAAGAGGGGAGGACAGUUGAAGACGUUGCAGAAGGCUAUCUUAAUGAGCUCAUCAACAGAAGCUUGCUCCAUCCGGUGCAAUACAAUGAUGACGGUAGCAUGAAAUUGGGCCGGAUUCAUGACCUAUAUCGCGAGCUUAUUCUUUCAAAAUCAAGAGAUGAUAACUUUACUGCAACAGUUGACGAGCAAACUAAAUUGUGGCCUGAAAAAACUCGACGCCUGUCAAUCCAUGGCACGUUAGGGAACCUACAAGUGAAAAGGUUAGCCACUAAACUCCGGUCUUUUCUUACAUUUGGUGUAGCAGAUCCACAGUCUUUAUCAAGCAUAAGUCGAGUGCUUGGUAGCUCCAGGAUGCUCAGGGUUUUAGAUUUGAGAAGAGCUCCUCUAGAAAUGAUUCCUGAGACAGUUUUCCAAUUGUUUCACUUAAGGUAUCUAAGCUUGAGGAAUACCAGUGUGAGAGUGCUUCCAAGAUCCAUUGAAAGACUCAAACAACUAGAAAUAUUAGAUCUGAAGCAGACAUAUGUCACUGAGUUGCCUGUGGAGAUUUUGAAACUUGAAAAUCUCCGACACCUUUUAGUUUAUAGCCACGUUUCCUACUCGUAUCUUCCUUAUAAUUGUUCUCCGGGUUUUAAGGCUUUGAAAGGACUUGGAACUUUGAGAGCCUUGCAGAAACUUGUGUAUAUUGAGGCAACCCCCGGAAGUGACAUACUCAGAGAAGUAGGGGUGUUGAGUGAACUGAGAAGACUUUGUAUUCUUAAGUUGACAAAAGAAGAUGGGAGGACUGUGUGCUCAUCAAUUGAAAAGCUCCGCAAGCUUGAGUCUUUAAAUCUUAAAUCAGUCGAAGAACAUGAGAUCCUUGAUCUUUCUUACAUGUCUUCUCCUCCACCUCUUCUUCAGCGCCUAUAUUUGACAGGACGCAUUGUUCAGUUUCCGAGGUGGAUUCAAGCUCUUCAUUCCUUGGUCAAAAUAUACUUCAGGUGGACUCAUUUAACAGAUGAUCCGCUCAAAUAUCUCCAAGAUUUGCCCAAUCUUGUCCAUCUCGAAUUUCUUGUAGGAUACACUGGAGAGAAACUAUACUUUGAGCAAGGUAAAUUUCAGAAGCUUAAGCUGUUAAAUUUGGACAAGUUGGAAGGACUAAGACGGGUGACAAUCGGGGAGGGUGCAAUACCUCUUCUAGAGAAGCUGGUUAUCCAGAGAUGUACUUUGCUGGAAAGUGUGCCAAUAGGAAUUGAAUGGCUCCUUAGUCUGAAGAUUCUUGAACUUUUUGACAUGUCUGAUGAAUUUAUCAUGACAUUGUGUCCCGACAAACUAGGUGCUGAUUCUUGGAAAGUUUCACAUAUUCCUGAAGUAUAUUAUACGUAUUGGAGGGACGGUUGUUGGAUGGUACAUUCACUAAAGGAGAAGUGCAAAAAUCAGAUUUCUAGCCAUUCUGGAGCUGUCACUCGGACCUAUGGAAGGCGAAAUUCGCUGUAGAUUUAUUUGUUGAAGAAGCGUGGAUCUCCACACUUCUCAGUCUCCUUCCAGUUUUUGUACAUAUGCUUUCUCACGCUUUCACUCUCCUUCCAGCUUCUGUAUAUACGCUUUCUCUGAUCCUUCAUCGGACUUGAGAAUUAUAAACAUCUUACUUUUGCUGUUGUAACAAGCUGUAUAUAAAUUUUUAAUGUUCUUUUUACAUAGCAGAAGUGAACUCACUCUGUAAUCUAGUGCAACUUUCAGUUUUUCGUUUCAAAGAGUUUGUGAGUUUUUAGAGU